AUGGACCAUCGACACAGUUGCUCUAGGAAUACCGUCAUCAUGCAGUUGGUCGCUAUUGUCUGUAUGCUGGUAGGAGUAGCCGUGGCACAGCAGGCCAAGGUGGACCCUAACUACUACAUCCGUAUCCUGCCCGUAGUCGAGCGUACAGAGAUCCGAGAUGUAGCCAACCAGUUCUCUGAGAGUUACACCACUCACGACGGCCAGACUUUCGUAGAACAAGGAGUUUUAAAGCGCACCGCUGACGGCCUCGACAACUUCCUAGUGAAGCAGGGCAGCUACCAGUACAUCUCCCCAGAGGGUGUCCCCAUCAGGGUCGACUACACUGCUGACGAAUUUGGCUUCCACCCCGUGGGCACCCACCUGCCUGUAGCACCCGCCCCUCCCGCUGCAACAUUUUAG